UUUUGAUCAGUUUUUGACAUGGACCCAUGGACAAGUUGUCAUUCAAAGGUACACCUUUCUGAAGAUAAUUUUACAACAAAAUUCGAAGAUAAUUUCACCCCAAAAAGUGCUGGCAAGCUACCAGACCAUGAAAAGUAUCUGGCUACUUUAGGCAAGUACAAGAUGUACCUUUUUAGAAUCGAAAUUGAAGAAAAUCAAGUCCGAUCCCAACGUGCUUCGACAGUUAACAGCCACAAAAGAAGCUUAUAUGCGACAGCUSCUUUGUGAAGAAACGGUACCCGAUCUGGUUCAGAUUUCUUUCGAAAACCCGAUAUCGGAUUCAUUAUUGCUGCGCACCAUUGUACCACAGAGACARGCACUGAAUCAAGGUGAAGUGGUCGAAUUCAUUAAGUACGAYCAACUUUUGCUAGAAGAAUCCACAGGCCAUYAUUAGAAGAGUAWAUCAAUAAGAGAAUUAGCGCAGUUGGUUCUCACACAAUUGCAAUAACUCUAAGUAAACGUUGUAACAAAAAGAAAAUUGCUGAAGGAUACCACCGGUGGUCGGUUUUAUGAUUUUUUCUCGGCAACACAAACGUGAUCGAUGAAUCAAUUACAAAGAUAUCUACAACCGAAAUCGGCUAGUUUUACAAAAAAAUGCCUGAUUUCAACAAUGCUGCAUAAAAGACAUCCUUCAAUAUCCUUCCCCUGGAGAAUGUUCGUGAUAUUGAUCGACGCGACCUUAUUAUUCCUCUGAGGACCGCCUAGAUUUGCUCGUGUUUUCCUCGGUGUACGAUUCUCACUGUCCAUUCAUUAACCAUUGGGUCAAGAGCUUGUUAUUUGUUAUUGGGCAUUAGGAAACUUUAGAAGUCGACAAACUACUAUUUGUGGAUUACUAUCCAAGUACGAAUCAAAGCACAUCCUACCUAAGAAUAUGGAGGACGUCCCAGUGGAACGAAUGGAUUUGACCAAAAAAUCCCUAAUAUUUAUCACUGGAGCGUCUAAGGGCAUUGGACAAACGAUUGCCAUCGAGCUAGCCAGGCGAAUAAACCCGGAAUCUAUCUUUGUUCUGAUUGCCCGCAGCCAGGAGGGCCUGAACGAAACCAAGGCAAAAAUUGCCAAAAUUAAACCUACUACAAUAACAGUUCUCACCUAUAGGACGGACCUCGCCACUCUCGAUAUGCAGAAAUGCAAUGAUCUCUUGGAUGAUGUCAUAAAGAAUGCUAAUGUAUCGGACGUGGAAGCAACAUGCUUUUUCCACAACGCGGGCCAAUUGGGGACUAUAAAAGAAACCGCUCGUCUGAUCGAUGUGGAGGACUGGAGAAAACAUUUCGAUGUGAACUUGCACUCUGCUAUUCUGCUGAACAGUGCUUUUGUACUGAAACUCCAGGAUAUCAUCCGGCAUCUGUAUAUAGUCAAUAUAACGUCGCUAGUCGCACGCAAACCAAUCAUCAAUCUGAGUAUGUACGCCGCUGGGAAAGCCGCUAAGGAAAUGUUCUUCAAAACGGUGGCAGUGGAAAAUUCCCGUUUGAAUGUGUUGAAUUACUCUCCAGGUCCUGUUCUAACAGAUAUGUUCAACUCAAUCUGCGAAAAUGAUGAGUGCGCUGAUCUGAGCAAGUCUUUCACUGAGGUCAGGAACACCAGCGUCCUCACCCCCACUCAAACUGUGGAGAAGCUUUUGAAUAUCUUGGUCAGCGGCUCUUAUCAAAAUGGAACAACCAUUGAUUUUUAUGAUAGAACCUAGGAUUUCUUGCCUGGAACUUGGCAAACACUGUCGCGUAACUUCCGCGAUUAUCGCCGUACUUGCAACCCUAUGCGCACGUAGUUGUUCAAAGCCUCGUUAUUCACCACUACAUGUAUGUCUUAAAUGGAAAUUGGUCUAAUAUAUAGUUAUUCUGAGAA